GGCGGGCCCAGGAAGCGCAGAGCGCCGCCCACCCAUCCGGGGCGAGAGAGGCGCCGCGGGCAGAGGCAGGCUGGGCCGGGGGGCUGCCGGGCCCUCGACCCCCAGCGUGACCCCGCGGCCCCCAGCCCGCCCGCAAGAUGAUGAAGAGGCAGCUGCAUCGCAUGCGGCAGCUGGCCCAGACGGGCAGCUUGGGACGCACCCCGGAGACAGCCGAGUUCCUGGGUGAGGAUCUGCAGCAGGUGGAGCAGCGGCUGGAACCGGCCAAGCGAGCAGCCCACAAUGUCCACAAACGGCUGCAAGCCUGUCUGCAGGGCCAGAGCGGGGCGGACAUGGACAAGCGGGUGAAAAAGCUUCCCCUCAUGGCUCUGUCCACCACGAUGGCUGAAAGCUUCAAGGAGCUGGACCCCGAUUCCAGCAUGGGGAAGGCCUUGGAGAUGAGCUGUGCCAUCCAGAACCAGCUGGCCCGCAUCCUGGCCGAGUUCGAGAUGACCCUGGAGAAGGAUGUCCUGCAGCCGCUCAGCAGGCUGAGUGAGGAGGAGCUGCCAGCCAUCCUCAAGCACAAGAAAAGCCUUCAGAAGCUGGUGUCUGACUGGAACACACUCAAGAGCAGGCUCAGUCAGGCAGCUAAGAGCUCAGGCAGCGGUCAGACCCUGGGCGGCGGCCCCGGCAGUUACACCACCACAGCCAACAAGGUGGAGAGCCUGAAGGAGGAGGAGGAGGAGCUGAAGAGGAAGGUGGAGCAGUGCAAGGAUGAAUACUUGGCAGACCUGUACCAUUUUGCCACCAAGGAGGACACAUACGCCAACUACUUCAUCCACCUCAUGGAGAUUCAGGCUGAUUACCAUCGCAAGUCUCUGAGCUCACUGGACACGGCCCUGGCCGAGCUGAAGGAGAAUCACAGUCAAGCAGACCCCUCCCCCUCGAUGACGGCCGCCCCCUUCUCCAGGGUGUAUGGGGUGUCUCUGGGCACCCACCUGCAAGAGCUGGGCCGGGACAUCGCCCUGCCCAUCGAGGCCUGCGUCAUGAUGCUGCUUUCUGAGGGCAUGAAGGAAGAGGGCCUCUUCCGUCUGGCCGCUGGGGCCUCGGUGCUGAAGCGCCUCAAACAGACGAUGGCCUCGGACCCCCGCAGCCUGCAGGAGUUCUGCUCCGACCCGCACGCCGUGGCAGGUGCCCUCAAGUCCUACCUGCGGGAGCUGCCGGAGCCCCUGAUGACCUUUGACCUCUAUGACGAUUGGAUGAAGGCAGCCAGCCUGAAGGAGCCUGGAGCCCGGCUGGAGGCCCUCCAGGAGGUGUGCAGCCGCCUCCCCCACGAGAACCUCAGCAACCUCAGGUACCUGAUGAAGUUCCUGGCACGGCUGGCCGAGGAGCAGGAGGUGAACAAGAUGACGCCCAGCAACAUCGCCAUUGUCCUGGGGCCCAACCUGCUGUGGUCUCCAGAGAAAGAAGGGGACCUGGCCCAGCUGGAUGCAGCCUCGGUGUGGUCCAUCCAGGUGGUGGGCGUGGUCGAGGCUCUGAUACAGAACGCGGACACCCUCUUCCCUGGAGAGAUCAACUUUAGCGUGUCAGGCCUGUUCUCAGCGCCUGCCCCCCAGGACAAGGUCAGCGACAGGCCGGCUGCUUCUGAGGAGCUUCCAACAAUGGCCACGCCCGCCCCGGCCACUGUCCCCGCUCCAGCCCCUGGCCCGGCUUCAGCAGCUACCAAGGAAAGGACGGAAUCGGAGGCGCCCCCCAGACCAACCUCCCCCAAGGUCAAUAAGAACCCCCCGGAGGCAGCCGCCCCAGCAGAAGACACAGCUCGGAGGAGCACCGGGAGCCUCACUGCCGCCGUGGAGACGGCCUCAGGACGCCAGGCCCUGGUGGUGGGCAAGCCCAGCCCCUACAUGUUCGAGUGCAUCACCGAGGCCUUCAGCGUGGAGCCCGGCCGCACGCUGAUGGUGGGCGACCGCCUGGAGACCGACAUUCUCUUCGGCCACCGCUGUGGCCUGACCACCGUGCUCACGCUCACGGGUGUCUCCCGCCUGGAGGAGGCCCAGGCCUACCUGGCGGCCGGCCAGCACGACCUCGUGCCCCAUUACUACGUGGAGAGCAUCGCGGACUUGAUGGAGGGCUUGGAGGGCUGAGCCCACCUGACCUGCCAGCGCAGCCGCAGCCCUCCCUCUCCCUGAUCCCAUAGAUGGAGGUGAGGGGCCAAGAGCUGCAUCAAGGGCUAAGCUCCCUGGCUCCAGUGUCUAGCCCGAUGGGGCUGGGACCCAGGGAAGGUGUCCGGGCCCUCAGACCCUGUCCCAUCAGGGACUGGAUGCCCUCUGCUGUCCCAGAAGCUGCUCCCUCUGCCCCACCCGUUCGCCCUGGCCUGACCCAGCCAGGUGGCCUUAUUUCCUGCCCUGUGCCCUCCCCUUGUUGAAAUCUGGGCCCUGCUGCCCGCUGAAGGUGUCCCCCUACCCUGAGCACUGAAUCCCCCACCUCCUCCCUGGGGUCUCUAGAGUUUGACCUGCUCCUGGGUCCUGGCCUUGGGUUCCAGUGGACCAGCCAGAGGCCUGGGUAACCACGAAUCAUUAUUGUCCUGAGCCCUGAAUGGACCAAUCAGAAGGCUAAGUGAUGCUGACGCAUUGAUGGCGGGUCCUGAGUGGACCAGACGGGAGCCUAAGUCAUGACGACCAUCUCAUGUCCUAGGUCCUGGGUCGACCAAUCAGGGACCCCUGGUAUUAAUGACCCAUUGGUCUCUUGGAUCCUGAAUAGAACAAUCCAGAAGUCUGAGAGACAGUGGCCUCUUAACAAUCUGGGUCUGACUGGACCAGCCAGGGAUCCAGACUUCUGUUUAUAAAUAAGGGUCCAAAUGCUGAAGACACCUCUUCUCUCCAAAGAAGGGGGCCACUUGGAGGCUCUGGGGGCUUCCGUAGCUGAGAGCCCCACCCCUCCCUAAUCAUGGUACCAGACCAGUGUUGACAGUGCCCACAGCUUGGGAAGGGGGCUUUAGUGCCCUCCUGUGCUGUCAGUGUUUGCUGUGCCACCUCCCUCCUGUGCCCACCCCCCAGUUAUUUAUUUAUUAUCCUGUGCCGGUGGGGGUGGGGGUGGGGGCUGGGCCUUCCCCGCCGCCCCCUCCCCUCUUGUAACUAGUCCUCCCGGACAUAAUAAAGUGCGAGUGGGAGUGUC